AUGGAAAUCGCAGAAAUGCUGGAGCGUAGAAGGAUUGACAUCUGCUGCCUUCAGGAAACCCGAUGGAAAUCGAAUGGUAAACUAUUCUGGAAUGGUCAAAAGACGGCCAAAAAUGGUGUUGGAAGUUUUGUCAGAGAACCGCUAGCCCAAGAAGUACUGGAUAUUAAAAGGAUUAAUUCACGUCUCAUGUGGAUCAAGCUUCGCAUAGAAAAGCAAACAAUGAUUAUUUUUUCUGCAUACGCACCACAGACAGGCGAAUCAGAAGAGAUGAAAAAUGACUUCUGGACUGCAUUCUCUGACACCAUCUCAACAAUACCAAAAUCUGAAACAAUCCUGAUUGGAGGCGAUCUCAAUGGCCACGUUGGA